AUGUGCCCAAUGCUGCGAUAUCAGCUCCUCCUUGCCCUCCUUGUAUCUACCUUCCUUGGGGCCUUUGCUUUCCAACCCCUCCUGCCCCAAUCGACCAGAGCACUCAAGCUGCAAAGGUGCGGUGUGCUCCAGCUUGCAUCGCAGGCGUUCAAACCCCAGAAGACGCAAUGGAUCGUGAGAAAGGCGUCCUCUAUGUCCUUCCUGCCCCAGCAGACGCAGAAGAUCGACUCCUCCUCCCUCCGCAACUUCCACGUGCACGAGCUGAGCAACGAGCAGCGACGCAGGAAGGUGAUGGACCUCGUCCUCGCCAUCGGCGCGCGGGAUGCCACGCUGGGAUCGGCGAUGGCAGCCUUCUACCUGCUCCUAGGAUACUCCCCUUCGCACUUCCCUGUCAGCAUCUGGUUGUUGUCGUGCAUCGCUGUGCGGAUCAUGACAGAAGAUAAUGGCUUCCCCGGUUGGGUGAUGGACCAUCUCAACAAGGAGACGGACGAGAGCUCCUGGAGCAUGAGCUGGAGGGACAGGAUCGUGAGGUGGACAGACGCGCCGCUGAAACCCAAAGUGCAGGCGGAGGUGCAGGACGACAAGGAGAAGGAUGCAAACAUGGGGCUCAUGAAAUACGCCUUGAUUCUUUUCUUCCUGCUGGGAGGAAACUCUGAACCAUGAAGAUAGAGCCUUGUACAAAGAAAUGCUCGAAUGAAACCAUUAGACAUGUAUCAUUAAAACCGUAAAACAUCGUGG